UCGACGGCUGCCAGAGCAGCAUUGAGGCAGUUGCUUCCACUGGGACGAGACACAGUUUCUUCCCGCCGCCGCCGGCCAGUUGUGCACGGCUCCAGCUGAACGAGCGCGCGCCCUCCUUCCUUCAACCGCAUCUUCCCUCGGUGCGUCUCUCGUCUCCUCGGUCAGCUUUGUCGGCAACGCGCAGUGCUGCAGCAAUGGAUCUGCUGUGGGAGAAGGUGUUCUCCACGUACCAGUCUGUGGUGGCCAGCACGGACCCGCGGGUGAAGGGCUGGCCGCUCAUGGGCAGCCCGAUGACCAUGAUGUCCAUCAUCGCCGGCUACGUCUACUUCGUGAAGGUCUGGGGUCCCAACUGGAUGAAAGGCCGCGAACCGUUCAAGAUCAAGGGUGUCCUGGUCGCCUACAACCUCCUCAUGGUUGUGCUUAGCACACUUUUCUUCGUUGUCGGCGGCUCCUACACGUACCUGGGACCGUAUAACUGGUUCUGCCAGGCCGUCAGCUACGGAACCGACCCGGACUCGCUGGCUGUGACGACCCUUGGCUGGUGGUACCUGGUGAUAAAGAUGAUAGAGUUCAUGGACACGGUCUUCUUCGUACUUACCAAGAAGUUCUCGCACAUCUCGCUGCUCCACGUCGUGCACCACUCGACCGUCGCCUGGACUGUGUGGAUGGGCGUCAACUUCGGAGCCGGCGGCCAGAACGCCUUCUUCCCUUUCAUCAACUGCUUCGUGCACAUUGUGAUGUACACCUACUACUGCCUGGCUGCCAUGGGACCCGAGGUGCGGAAAUACCUGUGGUGGAAGCGCUACCUCACCCAGUUCCAGAUGGUCCAGUUCGUUAUCGGCUUCGUGCACGCAGCCAUUCCAGUCUUCUACGACUGCGGCUUCCCUCCCUACUUCGCGUACAUCCUCAUGGGUGAGGCCGUCCUGCUCUUCUUCAUGUUCCGCAACUUCUACAACAAGGCCUACAAGGCUUCCCACACGGCACGCAGCCUACAGCAGCAGCAGCAGCGAAACGGUCACGUUAAGACGGCAGUGACGGCGGGUGCCGACGGCUCGCAAACCAAACUGGACUGAUGACGUCACCAGCGUCGGAUCACGGGCUAUUCCGUAUCGGAACGGGCCGAUGACCGAACGCCUCCACCUUUCAACGCCUGGUGGGCACAUAAUUUCGAACCCAGGACGACGAAGCGACGCUGAGCUGUCAAAACAAACUGUUCGUUGUUUCUCUCGGCGCCGCCUCGCAAUAAGCCUAGUCAGCAAGCGACGUCCCUUCAGGACGCCCUCAUCCACUAGCCGCUAGAUUGCCUGCGUAGCGGCGAAGACGGCGGCGACUUCCAGUGGAUUCUCAAGUUCUUCUGGACGUUUCCGGCAAGUCUCGGCAUUCCAGUCAGGACUGAUCGUUUGCUGUGUUUUCUUUUCUUGUCGUUUGUGUCACGUAGUGAUUCAGCGGUUCCCCUCACUAGCAUUCCAUUGUCGGGGCAGUCAGCGUCUCUUGUUAAGGCCGCCGAAUCUGCCAUUGACUCGUAUUUAUGUUUCCCCUGUUCUAUGGCAGAUCACCCGGCUACCUGAUUGGGUGGGAGUGCCCUCCCGUAUUUUUCUUGUGAAGACAAAUUUCGCAAGGCCUCCCACGUAUCUCGGAUGUCACGCUGUUUUUUAACUCCUCUCCUGCAAAGAGAUGCUGCUCAAUCUUGUGACGAGGCCAAACAAAUCGUGCAUAGCUUGAGACGUUGUUCCCUGCAAUUCCCAUGUCGUACGGCAAACGGCAUACCCAACUUCGUCUAACCAGCGAAGCUGCGUCCUAGUAUGCUAGUUUCUAUUGCCAAUCACGUUGUCCUCAAGGGCGGUACAAAACGUUGUCUCAAAUUUGUAUUUUCUGUGCAGUCUUGAAUUCGCUCAGUUCUUCGCCCUUAAACUGAACCCACACAGUGAUCGCUCACUGCUUCAUGUAAAAUUUCUUCCCCCAAACGCCCUGUAAAUAUUGUCCAUUCCUCAUCGUCAUCUGUCGUCGAUGUAUUAGAAACCACAACUGUUUGCAAUAAACUGCUGUAUCAUUGUUACAAA